UUUCAUUGGAUAAAGGCAACUAAAUCUCGUGGAUGAAGAGCUAAACUCAAGGGGAACACCACGACCAAACAAACAUCAACACCAUUCCUACUUCUCAUUAUCAUCAUCUAACGGAACCUUCCACUUUUCUGAUAUUAUUUAUAUGUAGCUAUUAUUAUCCGCACCAAACUUUGUUCAAACCCCUUCAUCUCUCCUUUUAAUUCUUUCUUCAACGUUAUCAAUGAUUGAUUAGGUGGUUUAUAACGGAGCAAUUAUUGAACAGGAAGACACAUAGAAGGUGUUGUGUUUUUGCAACGUUCUGGAUCCGACAUAGCCAUUGUCGGACCCACCUCCACAUGUUCUUCCUUCUCCCUCUACUUUGACUCCUUCAUAUUUUUUCCUUGUUGCAUGGAGAGGAAGAUCAUAUCCCACCCAACAGAUCUCUCAUAGAACAGGUUUUGAGUUUUGUCAUUCGUUGAAACUGGUAUUCCUAACAAUAUACCAUGGGGGGUUGCGUAUCAGUACCUUCUAAUGCAAUAAAAGGACCAAGGAAUCUCCGUAGACGGAUAACAAGACGGCGUCAAAAGAUCUCAAGUUCUAUUUCCAUUCCUAUUCCAGAUGAUAUCAUCCUGAAAAGGAGUGGCAGCGCAGGGGCGCGUAUGACAGAUUAUUCUGUAAGUGAAUUUGUUCAUAUGGACUUUGAAAAUGGUGCAACUACUGCUUGCAGGCGCUCAGAAGUUUCUAAUUCAGUAUUCCAUCUUACUCAGCUUCAAUGGCAACUCAGUCAGUAUGACGACGAUGCAAACUUAGUGAGUCAAGAAGAAACAUAUUUUGAUUCAGUCAGCAUUCUGGAAUCUGAUUCAGAUGAAGACUUCAAUAGUGUUCAUGGAGAUUUCUAUGCAGAUGGUUUUCCAAUAGUAUCCGGCACAGUUGGAAACAUCCCAUGUGGUCAAGUGCUCAAGUAUGGAAGAUCAUCACGUUUUGCAGAUUCCAGGUGUCAGUAUGAAGAAUAUCAUGAAAGCUAUCUCAAAGUUGAUGGAAGCAAUCAAGACAAAUUAAAGGGAAGAGAUGAAAGUGGUUUUGGCCUUGUGAGUACACCAGGUCGUGGAAUGUCUCGCUUAAGCAAGACUCAGGGAAGCUUCAAAGGUAUAAAGGAAUACAAACAUGGUUUGGAAGAGAAAACUCCAGAGAGUGCACGGAAAUCAGGCCUUCUUCGGAUGGCACCCUCGUACAGUUUCAAUGACAAAACACUGAAUCGCCAAAGCAAACGACUGUCACAUAUCUUCAAGCUUUCUUUCAAACGAAGGUCCUGUGAUGUAGAUGAUGCAAAUGAAUAUAUUAGUCGUUCAAAAAGAUACUUUGUGCGACCCAGAGCAGGGCACACAAUUCCAUGCCAGAAUGGAGAAAAGCCAUCUCCUGGUUGUUGGUCAGAAAUUCCGCCCUCAACAUUUCAUCUUCGAAGUGAAAACUAUUUCAAAGAUAAGCAAAAGUCCCCUGCACCGAAUCACAGUCCUUACACUCCUAUUGGCGUUGAUCUAUUUGCCUGUCGAAGAAAAAUACAUCACAUUGCUCGACAUCUUGAGCUUCCCAAUGUCAAGACCAAAGGAGAUUUUCCGCAACUCCUUGUGGUAAAUAUCCAGUUGCCUACAUAUCCAGCUGCAAUGUUCCUUGGUGAUAGUGAUGGAGAAGGGAUGAGUCUUGUAUUGUAUUUCAAAGCUUCUGAGACUCUUGAUGAAAACAUUUCUUCCCAGUUUCAGGAAAGCAUUAUGAAAUUAGUUGAGGAUGAGACAGAAAAGGUAAAAGGAUUUGCAAAAGAAAGUAGUGUUGCUUUUAGAGAAAGGCUGAAGAUCAUGGUAGGACUCGUCAAUUCAGAGGAUAUGGAUUUGAGUUCUGCUGAAAAGAAACUAGUAAAUGCUUAUAACGGAAAACCUGUACUCUCACGCCCACAGCACAACUUUUACAAGGGUCCUAAUUACUUUGAGAUUGAUCUGGACAUUCAUCGAUUUAGCUACAUAUCCAGGAAAGGACUUGAUGCAUUUAGGGGUCGUUUGAAAGAGGGCAUUCUUGAUUUAGGCCUAACCAUUCAGGCACAGAAACAAGAAGAGCUUCCAGAAAAAGUAUUGUGCUGCCUUAGAUUGAACAAGAUUGAUCUCAAUGAUAGUGGUCAAAUACCCAUGCUAAUGACUAUUGACGGUGAAUGCUAAGGGUUUUCAGUUGAUUGGAGGGAAUAGCAUUCAACAGUAUAAAUAAACAUAUGUAUGUAUUAGCUACUUUUGUAUAAUUCCUCGGUCUAGGAAAAGUGGGAGUCAACUUGUUUAAGUAUGAUGCAACUCCUGCGGUUAUGUUUUUUGUUCAAAUGUACAUUCCAGGAAAAGAAAUUUAGAGGAUGAUUAACAUGUUUUGCCACAUGAAUGAAAGGUAGAAGUGUUUCUUUAUUAA